CACUCGAUCAUCAUAUAAAAGUUCCCUUCUACCUCACUCUCUAUCAUUCAUCUUCAUCAUCUUCAUCUCUUCUGUAGACUCUGUGUGUGUGAUCCUGUGAAGAGUUAACGUUAACAAUGCCGCUCGUCAACUUCUCUUCUCAAUUUGCUCUCUUCUUCUCCUUCUUUCUUCUCUUCUUUACUGUUUCUGCAUUUAACGUCACCGAACUCCUAAGCGACCAUUCAGAUUUCAGCAACUUCAAUGACAAGUUAUCAAGAACCAAAUUGGCUGACACCAUUAACCACCGGAAAAGCAUCACCAUCCUCGCUGUUGAUAAUGGCAAUUUAUCACCUCUUGAUGGGUUAUCAUCUGAUGCGCAGAAGAGGGUCUUGAGUCUUCAUGUGAUAUUGGAUUAUUAUGAUGCUGCAAAGCUUAAAAAAAUAGCAAAGAAAAGUGCAACUCUCACCACUCUUUAUCAGUCCACUGGGCAAGCCAGAGGCAGACAAGGGUUUUUGAAUGCGACUGAUAGGGGUGGCGGUCAGGUUGCCUUUGGUUCUGCCGUUGCCGGAUCCAAUCUUAAUUCAAAUUUGGUUAAGUCUGUUACCUCUAAACCUUAUGAUAUUUCAGUGCUUCAGGUCAGCUCUCUAAUAAUGCCGGAUUCUGUUGUCAAGUCCGGUUCACCAGCCAAGGCUCCUUCACCAUUGUCAGAUUCUCCGUCUCCUGCACCAGCCACAUCUCCUUCCCCACCUGCGGAUUCUUCAGCCUCAUCUCCCAUGACUGAUGGUCCAGAUGCAGCAGAUGGUCCUGCCGCUGAUUCUCCUUCUGGGGCCAAUGGUGGAACUGGAACCAGCCUUGCUAUGGUUGCGACGGCUUUGUCAUCAGCAUGGGUUCUAGCCAUGAUGAUCUGA